AUGUCCGACGGCUUCACCAAAGCGACAUGGAAAAUCCCCUCUGUGACGCCAGAGUGGAACCUCGACGCUUGGUGCUACCUCCCCGACCAGCAUAGCAAGCCGUGCCCUGUGAUAAUCAUGGCGCACGGUUUCUCCGCAAACAAGUUGAUGAGUCUCGCUCCGUACGCGGAGGCAUUCGCUAAGUUGGGAUACGCGGCGGUGGUGUUUGACUAUCGCCGCUGGGGGGCUUCGGACGGCCAACCGCGCAACUGUCUCUACGUCUCCGAGCAGCUUGAAGAUUACCGCACGGUGAUCAAGUACUGCAGACAGCGGUCGGAAUUCGACCCGCAGCGGGUCAUCCUUUGGGGUACAAGUUUCGCAGGUGGCCAUGCCGUGAAGCUGGCAAGCGAGGCCGAUCUCAACAUCCUCGCAGCGAUCUCCCAAUGCCCGUAUCUUGGCGCAGGUCUCCCGCUCGCGCUGAACUAUGGCUUUAUCAUGACGUCCGUGUAUGCCAUCCUCGAUCAUGUCAAGCAAAUGGUAGGAUUGGCCCCCAUCUAUAUCCCGGGGUGUGCAAAGCCCGGCAAAAUCGGUGGCUUGACCACCCCCGGGACGUAUGAAGAUAUGCACAAGCUCGUGCGUGACCCGAGCGACUACCCGAACCAGGUCUCCGCGUCGAGCAUGCUGGAGUUUGCUUUCUAUAAACCCAUCGCCACCGUGGGCCGCAUCGCGUGUCCCGUGCUCAUCGUAGGGCUUGAGCAUGACAACCUGUGCCUUAUUAAUGGUCCAGUAGACGCGGCGCGCGCAUCGGACAAGGUGGAGCUUCUCCGACUCGAUGGCGCCCAUUUCGACCCGUAUCCGGGGAUGCCGUUCCAUGAAGAGUCACUGAGCGCGCAGUUGACCUUCUUGCAGAAGCACGUUCCUCCCUAG